AUGAAGAGCUUACGGCGCGACUUGUCUGCCAACCCGCAGGCUGCGAAUGUCACCAGCAAAGUCUUCGUGCGCUCCACGAAAAGUGGCAAGGUGCAGAAGAUUGUCCGCGAGCUUUAUUUGAGAGAGGACAUCCCGUGCUCUUCGAAACUCUGCUCACAAUGCCCCUCUAUUGCACCGGCUGAUGCCAAUGGAAAUAUUGCGCCGUUCGUUCUAUCUGAUCGCCCCGCCGGCACGAAGGCGUUCCCGGAAGGCCACUACCUUGUCCCCGAUACCAACGCGCUGUUGAAUGGAAUGGAUCUCUUUGAGCACACCGGGGCCUUUUAUGAUGUCAUUGUUCUCCAGACUGUCCUCGAGGAAUUGAGAAACCGAUCGCUCCCACUCUAUAAUCGUCUUCUUGCCCUGAUCAAGUCGGAUGAAAAACGCUUCUACCUGUUCUUCAAUGAGUUCCGCCGCGAAACUCAUGUUCGGAGAGGCCAGGAGGAGACUAUCAACGACAGAAAUGACCGUGCUGUGCGUUUGGUCGCCAGCUGGUACGGGUCUCAUCUGCAACAAUCGGCAAAGAAGAGCAAGAAAGAGAAGUCCACCCCCGCGAUUGUGGUCUUGACCGAUGACAAGGAGAAUUUGCGGAAAGCUAAGAGCGAGAAUAUUACUGCUUUGUCCUUGUCCGACUACGUUUCUGGCCUGGAGGGCUCGGAGAUGCUCCUGGACAUGAUCAGCGAGUCAAAGGAUGCGCGCGAAGCCAAGGAGGCAGCCCGUGGUGAUCUAUUCUACCCCGAAUACUUUUCCAUGUCCAAGCUCACAACUGGUUUGCGAGCUGGGACAUUGCACCAAGGCAUAUUCAAUGUGUCACCGUACAACUACUUGGAAGGAUCCGUCAAAACGUCGGCGUUCGACAAGCCUCUUCUUAUUUUGGGACGGGACAACAGCAACCGUGCCAUCGCCGGUGACUCUGUCGUCGUCGAAAUCUUGCCUCAAGAUCAAUGGAAGACACCCUCUACGAAAAUCGUUGACGAAGAGGCUGUCACUCGCAAUGAUAACCCUGACGGUGAGGAAACCGAGGCCGUGGUGUCGGACAGAGAGCGAAAGGCUUUACAAGAGGAGGUGAAGAAGGCCCAUGGCAAAAACUCGGAAGGAAAGCCGCAGCCUACCGCAAAGGUUGUCGGUGUCAUCAAGCGCAGCUGGCGCCAAUACGUCGGCCAUGUCGACUCAGCCUCUGCCGGCUCGCAGUCCUCGGGUCGGCGACAACAAAACGUGUUCUUGUUGCCCAUGGACAAGCGCAUCCCAAAGAUCAAAGUACGCACAAGACAGGCCAGCGAUCUUCUCGGCCAACGUAUCCUUGUCACCAUCGACGCCUGGGACCGAGAUUCGAGGUACCCCACUGGCCACUUCAUCCGUUCCCUGGGAGAGCUGGAAACCAAGGGCGCUGAGACCGAGGCGCUCCUCCUCGAAUACGAUGUACAAUAUAAGCCCUUCCCCAAGUCUGUGUUGGACUGUCUUCCAGCCGAAGGACAUGACUGGAAGGUACCCGCCUCCAAGGAAGACAAAGGUUGGAACGGCCGGAGGGAUCUUCGUGACCUGCUCAUUUGCAGUAUCGAUCCCCCCGGCUGUCAGGAUAUUGACGAUGCCCUCCAUGCUCGGAGACUACCGAAUGGAAACUUCGAGGUCGGUGUUCACAUUGCAGACGUGUCACAUUUCGUGAAGCCCAACAAUCCUAUGGAUACCGAGGCUAGUGUUCGUGGAACUACCGUUUAUCUUGUCGACAAGCGUAUCGACAUGCUUCCGCACCUUCUUGGUACCGACCUGUGCUCCCUCAAGCCAUACGUUGAGAGAUACGCCUUCUCCGUGCUGUGGGAGAUGACCCCUGAAGCUGAAAUUGUGUCUUCGGAUUUCACCAAGUCUGUCAUUCGCUCUCGGGAGGCUUUCAGCUACGAGCAAGCCCAACUGCGCAUUGACGAUACGUCAGCACAAGAUGAACUGACUGACAGUAUGCGCAACCUCUUGAAGUUCUCCAAGGUUCUCCGUCAGAAGCGUAUGGAUGCCGGUGCCUUGAACCUUGCUUCUCCCGAGGUUCGCAUCGAGACCGGAGAUGACGAAGGUGGUGAUCCCUUGACUGACGUCAAGACCAAGGCCAUGCUGGACACCAACAGUCUGGUUGAGGAGUUCAUGCUUCUCGCCAAUAUCACGGUCGGCUCGAAGAUUUUCGAGUCCUUCUCGCAGACAGCCUUGCUGCGCCGACACGCCACUCCCCCACCUCAAAACUUCGAGGACCUCACCAAUCAACUGUCCAAGAAACGGAACAUGGAGCUCGAUGUCUCGAGUUCCAGAGCUCUGGCCGACUCCUUGGAUCGCUGCGUGGAUCCGAAGAACCCAUUCUUCAAUACCCUGGUCCGUAUCCUGGCCACUCGGUGCAUGACCUCUGCAGAGUACUUCUGCGCCGGUGCCUUCGCCGAAUCCGAGUUCCGCCAUUACGGUCUUGCCUCGCCCAUCUACACCCACUUCACGUCACCUAUUCGACGAUAUGCUGAUCUGAUGGUUCAUCGUCAAUUGGCUUCUGCGAUUGGAUACGAAGGCGAGGAUGGACACGCUGUCAUCGAGGGUGUCUGCACUCGCAACAAACUUGAAGACAUCUGCCGUAACAUCAACGUUCGUCAUCGCAAUGCGCAGUUCGCCGGACGCGCCAGUAUUGAAUACUACGUGGGCCAGGCUCUCAAAGCCCGCGGAGAGAAGAUGGCCGCCGACGGUGUCGAUGCGGGUAUUGAGGAAGAAGGAUAUGUCAUGCGCGUUUUCGAAAACGGUGUCGUCAUAUUUGUCCCUCGCUUUGGUAUCGAAGGUGUCGUUCGCCUGGAAGAUUUCGUCUUGCCAGGUGAAUCUGGAGCACGCUCGGUUGCCGAGCGACGCGAGCUGGUGCCUCAUCGGACUACGGACUUUGACAGCGAGGAAUACACUCUUCGUGUUGAAGAAAAGGGCAGUUCUAACACGGGACAGGGGGUGACGGUCGAACUCUUCCAACGAGUUCGCGUCAAUGUCAGCUCUGUCAAGGAAGAAGGCCGUGGCGCUGGCAAGAGAAGAGUCAGGAUUUUGAUCAUCGAGGCAUGA